GAGUAUUAAUGCAGAAAUCCUUUGUUGGUAUUACGUGUGAUAGGUAUUAACCUGUGGUAAAGAGGGCGGAGUUGAAAAAUGUCUGCAAUUAAUCUGACUUCAUUGAGUAAAGAAGAAUUUAGAAAAUUUGUUGAUUCUUUUGACACCGUGUUAGCAGACUGUGAUGGUGUCCUCUGGCUUGGAAACACUUUGAUUGAAGGCUCUCCUAAUGUCAUCAGUCAGCUUCUGAAAAUCGGGAAAAGAGUCUUUUAUGUUACCAACAACAGUAGUAAGACACGAGAAGAAUUUGUUUCAAAAUGCAGCAGGCUUGGGUACCCAUCGGAAAAGGAUAAUGUCUUAAGUACAGCAUACCUAACUGCAUGUUACUUGCAAGAUGUAGGUUUCAAGAAGAAAGUUUAUGUGGUUGGAUCAAAGGGAAUCACACAAGAACUUGAUGCAGCCGGUAUUGAGCAUCUGGAUGUUGGGCCAGACCCCAUGUGCAAUGACAUGACCACGCUACUGAUGAAUGAGGUUCAGCUUGACUCAGAUGUGGGAGCAGUGGUUGUUGGUUUUGAUGAACACUUCAGUUUCCCCAAGAUGGUAAAGGCUGCGUCAUACCUCAAGCAGCCCGACUGUGCCUUCAUUGGAACCAACACAGAUGAGGUUUUUCCCACUGAGUUUCCUCUGACAGUGCCAGGAACAGGUACAUUUAUCAGAGCCAUAGAAACAUGUACAAAAAGAGAAGCAUUUAAGAUUGGUAAGCCCAGCCCCUAUGUAUGUGAGGCAAUCAUAAAAAGACACAAUGUGGAUCCAAAGAAAACAAUAAUGAUAGGAGACAGGUGUAGUACAGACAUACUUUUUGGAAAUCGUUGCGGUUUCAAAACCUUGCUGGUUCUUACUGGAGUUACUACACUUGAAGAAGUUCAUCAGUUGAGGAAGUCAAACAGUAAAGAGAACCAAGAUUUGGUUCCCAAUUACUACAUAGACAGACUUGGAGACAUGCUGCCAUUAUUAUCAUGUCAUGCGGAAGACAGACUUGUUAAUAGAGCACGUAAAAUGUUUACGUUAGUUACUACAGUUUCAAAAUCGGUUAAAUACUACGGAGCGAAUGCCUUUAGAUCAAUAAGAAUGUCAAUCAAGAAUCUGUCUAGGUUAAGCAGAGAUGAAGUGGAAGCUCUAUUUAGCUCCAUAGACACUGUACUGACAGACUGUGAUGGUGUUUUGUGGUUACAUACAAAGGCACUUCCUGGAGCUCCAGAAGUUUUAAAUAAAUUCCGUGAGAUGGGAAAACGUGUGUUCUACAUCACUAAUAACAAUAUUAUCACUAGGGAGGAGUUUCUUGUAAAAUGUGAUAAAUUAGGAUACAGGUCAAUGAAAGAUGAUGUACUCACUACAUCGUAUCUUACGGCCUGCUAUCUCCAUGAUAUUGGCUUCAAGAAAAAGGCUUAUAUUGUUGGCACAAGUGGAAUUUCCAGAGAACUCAAUCUUUUGGGCAUUAAAAAUUUUGGAGUUGGGCCAGAUCCUCUAGUCGGUGAUGUGGCAAAACUGGUAAUGAAGGAUUUCAAACAAGAUCCAGAUGUGGGUGCAGUCAUUGUAGGAUUUGAUGAAUACUUCAGCUACCCCAAGAUCCUGAAGGCAGCGAGCUACUUAAAUAACCCAGACUGUCUCUUCAUCGCUACAAACAUGGAUGAAAGGGGUCCUUGUGUCAUCAAUGACUGUGUUAUUCCUGGUACUGGUAGCAUGGUGGCAGCCAUUGAGACUUGUGUAGGUCGGAAACCAUUUCUAAUUGGGAAACCCAGUGCUUACAUCAUCAACGCAAUAAGAAAACGAUAUAAUGUUGAUCCUAAGAGGACUCUUAUGAUUGGAGACAGGUGUAACACGGACAUACUUCUCGGCACCCGAUGCGGUUUCAAGACCUUGUUAGUUUUAACCGGUGUGAAUACUUUAGAAGAUGUUAUGAACUGGAAAGAAUCAGAUAAUAAGGAAGAUCAUGAUCUUGUACCUGACUACUAUAUAGACAAACUUGGUGACCUAUUACCACUGUUAACCUAGAAAUAAGUAAGCACACAACACUUUUGUGUAUUAAAUACGAAUCAGGUUUAGUAGUAUGAUCUGUGGAAACAGAAAUUCGGGAAUGAUGUAACAUAAAUAAGAACAUGAUUUUAUUUUAAGUACAAUCGGAAGCUCGUAUUAUGA